CAAAAUAGGGUCACGCCCCCUUAUUUUUCAAGACAGAAUAUAGUUUUGUCAUUGUUUACACCUAAAAAGGAAACAUUAUUCAUUUGACUUGAUUACUAGAUCUAGCUUUAGAUCCUAAAUUCAUUAUAUUUUUGUUAAUGUUUUAAACUGACCAUGACUAUCCAUUUUGGUUGUAUAGCAAGGGGAACAACUGUGCUUUGUUCCCACCAGACUAAGAAUGGAAAUUUUAGUACAACACUCCAAUCCAUGUUACCAAACAUAUCAACACAGUCAGACAGUAAAAGAACAUAUACCUCAAACAGCUAUGAAUAUCACUGUUUGAUUGAGAAUGGGAUCCUGUAUGUUUGUGCCACUAAUGCCGGUAUUGCCAAAACCCAACCAUAUGGAUUUCUAAAUGAGAUGAGAAAACGAUUACAAUCUGCCUCUUUGAGUGCACGAGCCAUGACAGGAGGACCUGGAGACUUGGACAGUGAAUUCGGUUCUAUACUAGUUCAACAAAUGCAAAAAUAUUCUGAGAAUGGAGCUGGAAGUAGCAGUGCUGUGGCUACAGUUCAAGCUCAAGUCCAUGAAGUGAAAGAAGUCAUGUCUCAGAAUAUAGAGAAAGUUCUACAGAGGGGGGAAAGACUGGAAGACUUAUUGGAUAAAUCAGAAGAACUGGAAGCUGGGGCUGUAAACUUUUCAAGAACUGCAAAGAAAAUACAGAAGCGUUACUGGUGGCGCAAUAAGAAGAUGACCAUCAUCUUGGUAGUUGUAGCCCUCGUGGUCAUUCUCAUCAUCACACUCAUUAUACUCUUCUCCACUCAUGUGCUCCCUCCAAGCUCAGAUGAUGAUAAAAAAACUACACACAAGCCAUAGUGUUGUAGUGAAGAAGAAGGUCUAUGCACAUUUGUAAAGUUUAUUUGUGUGCAGGUGUUGUUUGAAAUGAAGAAAAUAAAACUGUAACAUUUAUUGCAAUCCAGAUCAGGAUUUCUCAAUUCAGAAAUAUUACAUUCAUUUUGUGUACAAAUUAACAAUACAUUUGGAGAAAAAAAAAUUGCCUUUAUGUUUUUAUCUAUUUUUAAAGUUGGGAUGGAAAGAAAUAUUAGAAAUUAGAAGUGAACUGAAUGGGUGGGGGGAAUAUAGUUGUUUCAAAAAGAGCUUGAGAAAUACUGGUCUAGAUUUUGUAUCACUCUAACAUAUCUUUAACAAUUUUAUGUCUAUUGUCAAAUAAUUAAAGAACAAAAAAACCUCAAACCAGUUGUACUAAAGUUUAAAACUUGACCAGACCAGAAAAAGAAAAGUAAGAGUAUUUUCUUAUUUUCUUUUACAUGAUGAAUUAAUAAACUGAAUAAAAGAGUAAUAUGAGCUAUUUUAAAUAUAGAGUAACACUCAAACGCACCAAUGCUGAAAUGUCAAUAUAACUAAGACAUGACAUACCCAAUCAUUUGAUCUAGGAAGUUCAAUAUAGUGGCCCUUGUGUUAAUAAAAGCCCAUGUCCCGCCAUUAGGCUUGCUUAUGUUUUUCGCAUAGCCUCCCUUUGAUCCUCAGCUGUAAACAGAAAUAUCAAGGAAAAUGUAGUUCAAUAAGAGCCAUGCGGCUCACAGUCGAUUGACUGUAAUAAUGGUGGUUUCAUUUUUAUCACAAUUCAAACAUUAAUUUUGGAAAGAUAAAAAGAAGUUUGGGUAAAGGGUCAAGGGAAAAUGGUUUAAAGGUUAUGUUAGCAUGGGUUCAAACAUUUGUUAGUCAUUCAAAUUUAUCAAAGUCUGGGUUAAGUAUUAUUCUUUUGUUAAUAUAUAUUUAUUUAGUAAGAGCUCAAAAAUAUAACAAAAAAAGUUAGCAACUCAUUAACAAGUGCUUACAGUAAGACUUAACUCUAUAUUUGAAGUUUUUUACUGCAUCAUGUGUUGACCUUUUUUUUUUUUUGUUGCUGUUAUUUUGAUUGUUAAUGUUAAUUUUUUUUUUUUACUCUUUUUGCUUCAGAAAAUUUUAUUGUGGAUGAAAUGAAAUCUAUUUACUAACUUUGUUAUACAUCCCACAAACAUUCCAAACAAAGACUUUGUCUCUUUCAGCUACAGCUUUGCCUUUUGUAUAUAUACAAAUAUAUAUAUAUAUAUUAUAACCUUUUUUUAACAUUGAUUGUUGUUGCUGUUUUGCUCAAUAUUCUUAUUACUAAAAAGUCUCAUUUAUCAUUUAUUUUCAUAUGCAUCUUUUCAUGUAAGAAAGAUUGUACUUUAAGUACACCUUCAGACAGGACUUAACAGAAAGGACAUAUUUGAAUAUUUUUAUUGAUGAGGAUUUAAAAACAUGAAACUCAAGAAAUGUUUAUAUAAAAGUGUUAUAUAAUUUUAAAAAACUUUAUACACUGCAACUAAAUAUAAGCAGUAUUUGAAUAGACCAUUCAGAUGACAUUCUAUCUCUAUGUUAUGACAUUUCUACUAAAAAAUUAUUUAUUGAAUUUGUUAGUGCACCAGUAUAAACCUUAUGCUUACAUUAUUUUAUAAGGGGUUGGUGUUUCUAUUAGUAUAACUUUUUAGAUAAAUUUAUAACACUGUUAACUAAAAAUAUUACCUUUUUUUUCACUUAAUAUAUGCCAGUAAAUUAAUACAAAGUUUGUAUAAAUGCCAUUGUGUAUGCAAUAGCUGGAUAGUAGUUCAUUACACUAAACAGAGUGUUUGGUUAUAUAAUAAAACACUUGGAUGGUAAACCAACAAACAUAAUCUGAAAUUCCUUGAGUUGAGUUCCACAGCCUGAUGAGGGCAUCAUUUUAUAGAUGUUUUUCCCAACACAAGAUGACCUGUCUGUGUCAUGUGCACUAAGUUUAAACCGUGGGCUAUUGUCAUCCCCCAUCAUUCCCUCAAGAGGUUUGGGAUAUGAAGCGUGGUCAAGAGGCUAAGUAUGCUUAAACUUGGCUUGGCUACCUAUGAAAGGGGCUCGAGGUUCGACACCCGACUCAAGUAGAGUUGUGUUUACUUGAGCGCCUAAAGGCAACUAGUAAAACCUUCUCCCAUAUACCUCCUCCCCCCCCCUCCCCACUGGUCCACAAAUGAGAUUGGACCAAGCGUUCUGAGCAUGCUAUAAGCAUGAAAGUAGUGCUAUAUAAAAGCAAUAAUUUAAUGUUCAUUCAUGAAGGAAUGCCUUAAACUUACAAUCAACCUUUGCCCGAUUGAAAAAAAUAAACAAAAAUGGUUAUUCUUGUGUUUUUACUUUUAUGUCAGCGUUGCCUACUAUUCUUCUAUAGUAUAUUUGAUUAACUAAGGCCACUGGGUUAUUUGAACACUGCUGCCAUUGCUUUUUGUUUCUAGAAAAAACUAUUUCUCUACACUGACAUCAUGUUGACUAACACCCAUUCAUAAGCUACAUUAUAAAUGUGUAGUUAUUUUAAUGUUGUUUUUCUUGUAACAUUCCAAGAUGUUUGUGACCAUGUCAGUCACUUGAUGACAUUGUGAGGUAGAUUAUGAAAAUGCAACGUUUGGUUAAUAUUAUGCUGCCAAAAUACUUGGAUGGUCAUGGUGGCUGAGUGGUAAAGCGCUUGGCUUUUGAACCGAUGGGGUCUCUAGUUCAAAUGCUUGUGAAAACUGGAAUUUUGAACCUUGGGAUUCUUAUGGCGCCUCCUAGCGCACCCAACUCUAAAGGGUACCUAUUAUACAUUAGGAAGUAAAGGUGGUUAGUUGUUGUGCUGCCCACAUGACACCCUCAUAAACCGUCCACAAAGAAACAGUUGAACUUUAUAUCAUUUGCCCCAUAGAUCACAAGGUUUUUUUUUACUCUUUGAAAUACAUGUAUAGAUUAAGAGAUUAGUUAAAAUGUAAUUGAAAAUGUAACAAAAUGGUGUGUUAAAUAAAAUGAGUUCUAGAGGGGUGACCAAGCGAAGAGGCUCGGAUACUUUUACUUUCAGUGUACACAGGAAAUGUUGCUGAUAUUAAAGGAUUAUAUAGUUCUACCAAGCAUUACUCAACUGUUUCUUGAGAAGACAUACAUUGCAACAAACUGCCUGUGCGUCUUUUUUUUUUUUUUUCAUUAAAUUUUAGGAUUAGGAUAAUUGCACAAUGUCCAUAUAAUUAAUUUUUUUUUUUUCAUUAAAUUUUAGGAUUAGGAUAAUUGCACAAUGUCCAUAUAAUUAAUUUUUUUUUAAUAAAUUUUAGGAUUAGGAUAAUUGCACAAUGUCCAUAUAAAUAAUUUUUUUUUCAAUAUUGUUUUUUAUUUUUAUUUGCCUCUAUUCCGGUGGACUGGAAUUCACAUAUACAUAAAGUAUUGUCUGUUAUGAAUUUUAUUGUAACAUAUUUUUUUAUAUAGAAAUAAAAUGUGAAUUGUGA